AGUGACGACACGGCGCAUCAAAGGCACGAGAUCGCCGAGGCAGAUAGAGCCCGAACCGAAACAGCAUCGGCAGCAGCAGGGACAGGUCGAGACGCACCGAACCCCGCAGACGCGCCAGUGCACGCCGAGAUUGCGUUUACCCGAAUCCUACGAGAUGCUUCAGUUCGGCGGCAGGGUGCGCGGCGUUCCCGCGCUCGUUUCUCUUAUUCUGGUAGCAUUGGCGGCGGCAUCAUCCGAUCUCUUUGACAACCAACUGGGCGAUAUCAAUUACUGCAAAAAACAAUGCCAGAUGUCCAUCAAAAACAAAAGCCCCGCCAAAGACUCCAUCAUGAAUGCCUGUCACCGUGGAUGCCGUCUGUACUCAAUCUGCCAGUUUGUGAAUGGAAACGCAGGCGUCAAUACAAGCAAAGAAGAAUGCCAGGGAGCGUGCCAGGAGGCCUACAGCAAACUGCUGGAGCAGGAGGCCUGUAGCACUGGGUGCGCCAGCCAACCCGCUGAGCCGGAGAUCAAAAGGAGAAAGCUGAAGGCCCUGACCAACCGCCCCAAGCCCAUCUCGGUAAUGGAUGCCCUCUCCGGCUGGUGCAAUGACAUCGUCAGUUCCGCUCAGAGCUUCAUUUCCUCCACCUGGACCUUCUAUCUGCAGGCUGAUGAUGGGAAGGUUGUCGUGUUCCAGAGCCAACCAGAGAUCGAAUACUCCUUGCCUGAGUUACAAGCCCCACGCUCCAACGUGGCUGACAAACCCUGGCCCCAAGUCAACUCGCACACACAGCGACCGCAUACUGGUGGGCGGUUGCACGGGGAGAGGAAUGCGGCAAAACUUGGAGCGAAAGGAAAGCAUGUCAGCCAACAUGCCGAGGAUGCAGCUGCUGAGCAUGACUUCCUGGGCUGCAUGUCAAGGCGCUCAGGGCUGCCACGCUGGAUAUUAGCAGCCUGUCUUUUUCUGUCUAUCAUGGUGAUGCUGUGGCUGAGCUGUGCCAGUCUAGUCACAGCACCUGAGCAACACGUCAAGAAUCAGCUAAGCAUCAAUGGAGAUAAGGAGUUCUUGGAUGACACCCAGAAGAUCAACCCAUACCACCUGACGCCUGUGAUUGCCAUGACCAUCAGCCAAUCGGAGGAGAGCAAAGAGGCGGGUCCACUUCCAGUCAAGGUGGACCUCAGCAAAACAUCGCUUUAAAAGGACCAAGGAAGUACUUUCGACAACUAGGGUUAAACACGUGCUUCUGAGCUACUUGUCUCCAAUUUAAAGGGAAGCCACAUCAUUUUUCUAAAGAAAAAAUUGCAUGAUGUCAUUUAUUAUAUGGGUUUCAAAUACGUCCUGUCUAAAUCCUAGUCUAAUCACUGAAUCCGGGAACCUCAUGGAAUCGUAGUAUUAGGUGCUUGUUUACAUAAUGUACUAACUUAUGCAUUGUCAGCUAUAAUGUAUACAUUAAAAACACUAGCAACGUUUGAGCUCAUGAACAACUUCACAGCAAUUUUCAUAUCGCUGUUGUUAUAUGUUCUCAUUGAAUAUUGGAAUAAACGCACUGGGGGCUCGGACGGUAGAUAAAGAUGCUUAUAAAAACCUCGAAAGUAGAGUAUUGGAGUAUUUGUCAAGUUCUGGCAGCUCAUCCAAAUAUUUCAAUUACACAGAACACACACAGACUACAACUGAAAUAAGCCGUGAGCGUUUUCACAGUGCCCCUCCUCCUUUGAUAUCAAGCUUUGAUGGCGAUCUGUCAGGAACAGUUCAACUUUUUUGCGCACACUUAGAUUUUCACUUUGAACGGAGCAAUAGAGAUAUCAAACGCAACCAAUUAGCAAAAGAUGCUCGAGAUGACAUUUAACAAAGCGUUUACAUGGAUGGCUGCGUGCUUUGAACUGAUACGCUAACAAAACAAAACGCGUUACUUUUAACAUAAUACUAAAUGCUAAUAGUUAGUUAAAUUGUAGAGUUCAAACUAAAAACAUUGUAUGCACACAGAAAUGCAGGGAGAUUUUAAUAUGCAUAAACUAAAAUGAAACUAAACUAUCCACAUGCAUAUCUAGAAAGCAUGAUGUAUAUUUAUUUAUUUCUGUAUUUAUUCAAAGCGUACAGUAACACAUCAUAUCUCGACUGCUGUGUUUUACGGGCCGCUUAAAUAGCCUAUCGAUUCUGAUACUUAGAAACUUAUCCCCACUUUCAGAAACAUAGAUGGACAAUAGAGUUGCUGUUCUGAUCGAAUGUGAAUUGUUGUAUUCUACCCUUGCUUUUAUUAUCCUAUUACAGAUAUUGUUUCAUCCCAAAGGGAAAGGUGUUGGGAUGGGGUUUAAAAUGGGUUGGUUUCUGUCUACCAAGCACCCGGUUUUGACAAAUAUAUCUUUUGUAACCAGACUGUAGACUCGAGGAGCUUUAGCACCGUUUGUCUUGUGCAGCUAUUUUCCACUUUUAAGUCCAGCCACAUUGCAUGCUAGUACGCUAUGAGACAUUAAAUAUAUUGUCCAAUCUCUUUUUGAAAGCGAACUGCUGUAGGCUUCUGAUCUUUGUGUUUUUGCUAAGUGUUUGGUAAGGCAUUGUUAUUAUGACUGUAAAUUAUUAAGAAGCCAGAGGCAAGAUACCUUAAUAAGCCAUUUAAUAUCUACUGGUUCUAAGCAACGUCAUCACUGUAUGAAAUACGUAUCAAUAUUUGUUUUUCUCUUUUGAACAGUUUCCCAUGAGAUAAUCCAUAAUAUCCGACGAAUAAAGUGUUUUCAUGUAUUUCA